AUGUCAAUAACACGGGGAAUCGGCACAAAAAAGAAACGAUCUGAUCCAAUCGACCAGGACGACGAAAACAAGCUGUGGGAAACAGGACAGUUUGGACCUAAUUCAUCACAUUCUCUUUUGAACACUGUGUUUUUCUAUAAUUGUAAACUCUUCGGACUUCGCGCCAUGGAUGAACACAGGGGCUUGCAGUGUGAUCAAUUCGUGUGUGGCUCUGAUAACACGGGUACGUUUAUUCAGUUUGAUGGGAGAACUAGCAAAAACAUUCAAGGUGGGUUAAAACAUCGUAAACUGGAAGCGAAAUCAAUCAAACACUAUUCCGUUUCUGGGGAGGAGAGGUCAUUGUACGAUAUUUAUAAAGUGUAUCUUGAAAAAAUUAACACUGAUCCAACAGGCCCAUUUUACCGACGACCCCUUGACGGCCCAGGACAACGGUUUUCUUCUCAACCUGUAGGUGUCAACAAACUUUCAGUUCUAAUUAAGUCGUGUUGUUCUGCGGCUGGACUAAGUGGUCAGUUUAGGAAUCACUCUGGGAAGCGCACGUGCGCAACACCAUUAUUUCAACAGGGAGUUGAUAAGCAGCUUAUCAUGUCUCGGACCGGUCACCGCAGUAAGAGCAUACAAAAAGCCCUGUCAAGCACAAGCGGUACAGGUCAGUAA